AUGUUUCGAAUUAUUUUCGCUAAAGAAUCUAUACUUCGAAAAGUGAGAAGAUUUUCCAACAACUGUACUUUCACUCAUAAUUAUAGCGUCUUGACAGCAGAAGAACGUGAAGAAGUGAAUAGACUUCCAUUCUUUUCGAGGAGUUUCGAAGAGCAGCCCAAAAAACAACCGAACAAGACUAGGCAGAAAUAUACAGAACGGAAGAUCUCUUUGACAAAGGCCAUUUUCGGAGAGGAUCAAGAAAAUGCCGGAUAUUUGAGCUACCACCUACCAAGGAGCAUGCCUAGCCCGUACUACGAUGUAUACUGUAAGAGGGAACAAAAUGGGUCCAAAAAUGAUCAAGAGAGGGAAAUAAUGCAAAGAUUAUCUGUGACCAAGCUGUUGACGAAACGUUGGUGCGAGUUGAGAGAAGCUUACGAUAUUUACUCUAAUGUGGAUAUAUUUGCACAUCCGCAAUUGCUACAGGGUAUUGCAUCACAUCGGAAACUUGAAUACGAAACUCAUCCAGUAUCAGAAGAAACUCAAGCGUUCAAGGAUACCUUUGAGCUUCAGGUUCCUGAUGACAAAUUUCACAAGCUUGCGGGUUCCUGGUCUGAAACUGUGUCGAAAAUGCUGAAUAUUUUUGUUGACGGUGAAGCAAGGGAAGUACUUUGCCAUGGUUAUCUAGAUGCAAAUUCGGGACAUUUGAAAAGUGGUAGUAGCAUAAAUGAAUGUGAUAUACUAAUUAGUGCGGUUGUUGAUCAUCUAGUUCUAAGAAAAAAAGGUACUGCUGGUACUCUUUUCCCAUUCAAACUCUCUAAUUCAGUAAUAACAAGAGAUGGGCAAGAUAUUGCAGAAAGUUUGAAACAACUACGAAAAAACGAGUCAUUUUUGAAGGAAAACUUCGAGAUUAUUGUUGGUGACGUUAAGACAAGAUCGUUUCGAAGAGUACCGUCGCAUGAAAAUGUCAUAAAAGCGACGAAGUUACAAGUUAUGUAUUAUCGCCACUUUCUAGAAGAACUUUCUAUUGACACAACUUCCACUUAUUUCAAACUGUUAGCCAACGCAGAAAGACGUGGCUUUGAUGUUGAUCAACCUGUAGAUCCUGCCAAAGUAAUUAGUAUGAUGGCUCAGAACGAGUACAUGGUUUUGGAUAUGAAAAGGUUGAGAGACGGUGAACCAAUCGGUUUCAACCCAUUUGAUAGUAAGAACGUGGAAAACAAAAAGUAUAAUUUAACUCAUUAUUCUGCUCUAUUGAAUGAUGCUAACACAAUAGAAAGAUAUGGGGACUUCUUUACAGAGUGGAGGAAGCCGGUUACGCUACGGUAUCUCGCCUCGAGAUUAGCGCAAGUUUACCGUGAGGUUGGGCGUCUUCUAUGCAGUGCUUUAAUGGUGGAAUAUUAUGUAAGAAACGAGAAUUUUCAUAAUACACUCUUUGACUAUGAUGUCGAUUACUUGAUGGAGAAUUCGCACGAUAGCGCAUUGUUCUGGUUGGGAAAACGAGAUAUUGAGCCCAUUGGUGCAAAUAUCAAGAAUUUCACGUCGUAUUGCAAACAUUGUGAUUACGAGACUGUGUGCUCCUGGAGGAAGAAAGGUGUCACGAAAUGCCUAGAUCUAGGGGACGAUUUAGUGAGAAUAGCUCAGAAUGAUCCACAAUCUUAA